AUGCCUUUGUUUGACAACGAUUGGGAACAAUGCAAGAACUUUUUCAUUCAUGCUGAUCAAGCAGCUGUGUUUGUUGUUGUCAUCGAUAUCAUCGAGUUUAUCAAUCAAAUGAUUCACAAACUUCAGUUUUUUAUAUCGUAUGAGAUUAAAUUUGAGGAAAGAAACGCAAGAAUGUUACUUGAGGCGGGUGAAAUUGAUGUUAAUUCAAAGACUCUUUACGAAGGUGAAUCACGGACGAUUAGCAGAAGUGAAGUUUACAAAGAUUUACUCGCGAUAUCUUCAACAUCAUCCAUGCUGCUGUUGACUGUGAAAUUUCAAAAGCAACCGAAGAUAAAAUUUCAAAAUUUCCUUAAAGAAAGUUUAAAAUUCUCGCAGCUGCAAGAUGACGAGGAUAGAAAUGAAACGUUAUUGAAUGACGAAGCCAAGUCAUGCAAUAUUGAAAGAAUGGAAAUUGAUUCACAAGAAAAUGACUUUGAAGGAAAAUCGUUCAUUUUUUAUUGUGAUGAAAAUUAUUUUAAAGGUGUUCUCGUUCGACUAAAGUUCAUUGAUCAAUUGAGUAUUCGAAUCAAACUUUAUAUCAAGUCGAGCCAUCAGAUUGUAACUUUCGUCAAAUCGAUUUAUGGAAAAUACUCUGAACGGUGUACGAUUGAUGUUAAGAAAAGUAGAGAAUUCAAUCAAGAAACCUGCAAUCUUAUCACACAAAUAAAUACUGAUGAUAUCAGCUGA